ACAAAACAAUAUUUAAGUAGAAUUCAGACCAAGACUGGAGACAUAACUCACAUAUCUGUUCAAUAGAAUAUAAUUCAGCAGAUUCUCAGAAGCAUUUGGUUUUUUUUAAAAAAAACAAACCCCCACUUAGAAUCAUUUAAACAAAAAAUAGCAUUUUGUGGUUGUGUUCAGUCCAGCAAGAGGUCAUUUGGCUUCCUUUUGAAGUUUUCAAGCCUGUAUUGAUUUUAGGUAGGAAUUGAUGUAUGAUGUUUUCCCAUUUCCUCUUCAACAUGGCCUGUUUUUGGAAAGGCUAUAUAGUAUUAAGCAAACAAUGCAUAGCCAGAUGAGAUACAGUUUGCUGGUGCCUCACCUACUGGCUAUGUGCCAGAGCAGCUGUUGUUUGCUCAGCAUACGGGCUGAAACAAACCCAUGUGCUCCUUGAAGGGUGUAUAUGCCAGCCAUGUUAUUGGCUGUGUUAAAGGGCGUGUAAGGAGGACCUGGGUGUGAUUGGCUGUGCCCCAUGUAGAAGAGUAGGAGCCAAGAAAGAUGUGUGUGCAAGUAAAGAAAACCAAGCAAUUAACUAUCUUUAUGUACAAAAUACUUCGUACCUGCCCCUCAAAGAUUCUUCCCAACUCCCAGCCACAGCCUCUUUUUUGUUUUUUCCCCCAUGUAUCUGGGACAUCAUCCACUUGGCCAUUAUCUGCUCCAUUAAAUUGCCUCUUUUCAAUAAAUAGGAGGCAGUCUGAUAUGAUUUUUUUUAAUCUCUAAGACAAGGAGAUUGUAUUAAGUGGAGGCACCAAAGCAAAAUCUUAUAUUUUUUCUCUCCAGAAUAUGGGAGGAAGUAUGGCAGGCCGUUUCAUAACAAGGAAAUCCUUGGCAGAAAUAUCUCAUUGAGCCACCGCAUUACAUGCUGGCAUAGUGGUUAAGGAACCAGGCUAGAAACCGGAAGAUUGUGAGUUCUAGUCCUGCCUUAGACACACAAAGCCAGCUGGGUGACCUUGAGCCAGUCGGCGACUUGCAAAAAUGCUGCCAGGAAAACUCCAGAUGCAGAAUAAUAGAUUUGGAAGGGACUUUGGGACAUCUUCUAGCCCACUCCACCUGCUCGAGUAUGACACCCCCGCACCAUUUCGGUCUCUUCACACAAGAAAGUAACAAGCAAGAAGUGCGACGCUCUGUACAUGCUCAGCGGUGCUCUCUCCCACAACAGAAGCCCAACCCCAAGGUUGCACCCCAGCAACGCGACCUCCUCCCCACUUCAACUCAAAGCAGCCUCCGGGAUCGGCCAAAUGAGGCGUCGCCAGGGGCGGGGCGGGGCGGGCGGGACCCUUUGGGGGCCUGGUCUCCCGCAGGCUCCGCCCAGUCCCAUUAAACCACAGCCUUAACAACAACAGCAUGGUAGUUACCAUGGGAGUCCCGGGGUGCUUACGGCAGAUUUUGAGAGGAAAAGCUGGAGACUUUCUACUUCUUGCUCCUCAGAGAUUUUUCAGUACUACGUUCAAGGCCUCAGAUCUCCAGAUUGAAUUGAACAAACAUCUAAAGCCUAAACCGGAUUCUAGCAAACUGGUCUUUGGGAAAAAUUUCACGGACCAUAUGCUCACUGUGGAAUGGAGCAAAGAAAAUGGCUGGGGAAAACCACACAUCAAACCUUUCCAGAAUCUCUCUCUGCACCCAGCCUCUUCAGUCCUGCAUUACUCAGUGGAGCUUUUUGAAGGAAUGAAAGCUUUCCGGGGCUCAGAUCAGCGCAUCCGUCUUUUUCGUCCCAUGCUCAACAUGAAUCGCAUGUUACAAUCCUCUCUUCGAGCUUGCUUGCCUGCUUUUGAUCAGUCUGAAUUGCUUGAAUGCAUCCAGCAGCUGAUCCGGGUGGACCAAGAUUGGGUCCCACACUCCAGCACAGCCAGUCUCUACAUCCGCCCCAUCUUGAUUGGCACCGAGCCUUCCUUGGGGGUCUCCAUUUCCAAUCACGCGCUGCUCUUUGUGAUCUUGGGUCCCGUGGGUCCUUAUUUUACCACCGGAAGCUUCAAUCCCGUUUCCCUCUUAGCUGAUCCCCAAUUUGUCCGUGCCUGGAUGGGUGGCGUUGGUAAUUGCAAAGUAGGCGGCAACUACGGCCCCACCAUAUACGUGCAAGGAGAGGCUGCCAAAUUGGGUUGCCAGCAGGUUUUGUGGCUGUACGGCGAAGACCACCAACUCACUGAAGUUGGGACCAUGAAUAUUUUCUUGUUUUGGAAGGACCAAGAGGGAGAUAUGGAGCUGGUCACCCCUCCACUUAAUGGAAUCAUUUUACCUGGUGUGACACGACAAAGCCUUCUGGAUUUGGCCCGCAAAUGGGGGAAAUUCAAGGUUUCUGAGAGAACAAUCACCAUGUCUGACGUGAUCAAAGGCUUGGAGGAGAAAAGAGUGAAGGAGAUAUUUGGCUCAGGCACAGCUUGUGUGGUAUGUCCCGUGGACAGAAUUCUCUAUCAGGGCAAGAAUUAUCAUAUCCCCACAAUGGAAAAUGGACCUGAGAUUGCAAAGCGGUUUCUGAAGGAGUUGACAGAUAUUCAGUACGGACGCACCCCAAGUGACUGGGCCCAAGUGGUUUGCUGAAGACUGUGGGAUUUGACUUUUCCCUGCUCUCGUUCAGCUUCACUCUCUUCACCACAGCUGUAUUUAUGACAUGGUUCUAAAGCUUUUCCAGUUUUGCCUUCCAUUUGACUUACUCACUGCCUGGUUUGGGGAAACUACAGUUCCCCUGAUAUAAACCCAGGCCCUUUAUGGCUGCGAAACACUCUACAUCAGGAAGGCCUGCCCUGAUCCAGGACCAGGAAGAAUACCAGAUCAACCUCUUUGCUGCGAUGGAAACGAUGCUUUGAACUCCAAGCGGCUUGCUCUGCUUCUCUCUCCACUCCAAAAACUCGGCUGCUUUUCGCUUUUAAGUGCAAUAUUGAGAGGAGUAGGAGAAAACGAAGGAAUGUGGGGUGUACGCAAAGCUCUAAUACUUCAUGUGCAUGAUUGCCAAUUUUUUUUUUUAAGAAUAGUCGCUUGAAUUCAUGUAGGAGCACAUGUAAAAAAAAGUGUAAUCUAAACCAUAUUGCUCUUAUAAAAGUUUUUUUUUUUCAUUUUGGUAUCUUUGUGAAUGGGGCCAAAAUUUUUAAAUUUUGGCUCCUGUAUCUUAAACUGAACAUUUCCAGAAACGUGAAAUUCUUGUUUCGUGUGGAUGACUAUUCACUUUUUAAAGUUAAAUCUGCUGGAUAGAUAAAAGAAGCCUUAAAUCUUCAGAAUUAACAUGGAGCUACAAUUUGCAGCCGUGGUUGGCUUUUUAAGGUGGAAAAAUGAUUCAAAAGAGAUGUGACAGCGAGAAGGAUGGCAUACAAAUUUAAUAAAUAAACAAGAUUAAACUGCAUCUUGGAGAAGGCUCCUGCCAUCCA